AUGGCGCAAACGAUCAAGAGUUCUGCGCACGUCGGUCCGUCGCCUCUAGGAGGCAAGCCGUUCGUAUCGAAAUGGUCUUCCAGAUAUAGAGGGGCUACAGUACAAGACCUCGAGCCUCCCGCAGCUCUCUCGCUAAACCCCUCGGACCCCGUCUCUCUCGCUCUAAUAUCAUCCUUCGAGCGCGACUACACGCACCUGACGAUCGUAGACUCGGAGACUCGUGCGCUGCUAGGCUACGUCGCCAUACCGGUGUUGCAGGCACAGCUCGACACGGGGAAAGUAAAGCCCGAGGACUCCAUCUCCAAAGCCAUGGCGCACUUCGAGCGCAAAGGCAAGAAGUAUAAGGUCAUCACGAUGGCCACACCGCUAGAGGAGCUCGAGCAGUUCUUCGAGGGCGGCGCUUCUGGCAUCGGUCAGAAGCAGGAGUUUGCUGUCGUAACCGACGAGGAUAGGAGAUUCGUCCUCGGCGUUGCCACGCGGAGCGAUCUGGAGGAGUUCGUCAAGAGAAGACCGGCGUGA